CGGGUACGAGCGCGGCGCUUCCUCACCCCCGUGGGGCUUCCCGGCCGCACUGGGGACCGAGAGGCUCCAAGCCGGCCGCGCCUUCGGAAUUGGAGUCGGGGAGCCUGGCGGGCCGGGAGCGGGGUAUAACAAGGAUACUGUAGCACUGAACUGGCCAACUGGUCUUGAGGUAUCUGCAUUUUUUUCCUACCCUACCACAGAAUUCUUUGGUGAAGCGGGAUCAAUGGGUGUAUAUGACUUUUCACCUCAUCUAAAGUGGUUCCAUGUCUUGUUUGGACUGUUCCUGUAUUCUACGUACACCAGUUGAGUCAAUCAGACCAGAAAAGGAAUCUCAGAGCAGCAGCCAUGAAUCCCUGGCUGAUUCUGAGCUAGCCUGGAUUCCACCAUCUAAAGGAGGGAAUGAAACGAUAUUUUGCUCUUCCAACGUCUCUCAUUAUGAACUCCAGGUGGAAAUAGGAAGGAGAUUCAACAACUUAACUUCAAUCUACCUUGCACGGCAUACCCCUACAGGCACACAAGUUGCCAUAAGAAUCACAGACCUAGAAAGCUGCUCAGAAGAGCAUUUGAAAGCCUUACAGAAUGAGGUGGUUUUAUCCCACUUUUUCCAGCAUCCCAACAUAAUGACACUUUGGACAGUGUUUACAGCUGGUAGUUGGCUUUGGGUCAUUUCUCCAUUCAUGGCCUAUGGUUCUGCUAGACACCUGCUGAAGACUUACUUUCCUGAAGGAAUGAGUGAAGCUUUGAUAGGGAACAUCCUGUUUGGUGCAAUCAGAGGAUUAAAUUACAUGCACCAGAAUGGCUACAUUCACAGGAAUAUUAAAGCUAGCCACAUUCUGAUUUCAGGGGAUGGACUGGUUUCUCUCUCUGGCUUAAACAACCUCUACAGUUUAGUUAACAAUGGACAAAAGUCAAAGGUGGUGUAUGACUUUCCUCAGUUUAGUACAUCUGUACUUCCUUGGCUGAGCCCUGAGCUACUGAGACAGGAUUUGUCUGGGUAUAAUAUGAAGUCUGACAUCUACAGUGUGGGAAUAACAGCAUGUGAAUUAGCCAAUGGACAUGUUCCAUUUCAAGAUAUGUCUCGCACUCAGAUGCUGCUGCAGAAGCUGAAAGGUCCCACAUACUAUCCCUGGGAUAUAAAUGCCUUCCCCCAUGGGGAAUCCAGAAUGAAGAAUUCCCAAUCAGGUGUUGAUUCUGGAAUUAGUGAGAGUCUGACACGCACAAUGACAAGCGAAAGACUACAAAGUCCUGUUUCCAAAACAUUUUCCCCUGCAUUCUACAACUUGGUAGAACUUUGCUUGCAACAGGACCCUGAGAAAAGGCCAUCAGCAAGCAGUUUGCUUUCUCAUACGUUCUUCAAACAGGUAAAAGAACAAACACAGAGCUCGCUCCUGUCCCUAUUACCGCCCCCUGUUCAAAACAACAGAUCAGAGUUCUUGACGCUGCCCUCGGCAGCAGCAGAGGCUGAACCUGGACGUAUUGCUGCAACUCAACAUGAUACAGCCUGGGAAUUCUAAGUAGAUACCAAACGAUCAUACCUCUCUUGUGCUUCAAAGAAGGAAAAUGUGAUUUCUACUUGCUGCUUUAGUUUGUAUGGUUAAAAUACGGUUAGACACUGUACACUUGAAAAUGCAGUUAAAGUGGCCAUAUUCCAUUAACUUCAUCAUAUGUUUGCAUCAGGAAGUGCAGUAUGCCUCAUUUUGUCAGAUCUCAAGCAAAACUGCAUGUAGGAGAUAAGAAUUCAGUUGUUCUCCUCUUUCGAAAUACUUAACAUGAGGGUUCCUGCUGUAUCUUUACUUUUUACUGCACUUUUUAGCUCAUAUUACUGCAGUCCAAGUGCCUUUCUGAAUUCAGGCUUUGUCUUUUGUCUACAGCUUUUCUUCAGUAAUCUAUUUAUCUUUCAUUGUUGCCUAAAUUAUCUUAGUGAAGAGGAAUCUUCCAUUUCCAAGCCUAAAUUUGAAACUGCAGAAAUGAAUUUCUUAUACAAAUCGCGUUUCUUUUUCCUGCCUCUCAGAAGGUGUGUUGGCCAGUUGACAUGCUGUCAGUGUUUGCCCUGAAUUAGCUAGCAAGUCUUUCCUGCAGUUUCAAUACUGUAUAUUGACCAAAGAAGCUAGUUGAAAACGCUGUUGCAUUUUUCUGCAUCCUUAAUACAGAUCCGUGCUUUUGCAUCUUCAUUUAGUCUUGCAUCAUCUUAACUAGCAAUUUGAGAACCUCCGAUAAUGUAAAGGAAGUCUUAAGUUAUAACACAUAUAGGUUAAUUUUGAAGACUUGUUAAAUGAUCUGAAGUCACUGUGUUUUUGUUUAUACUGUGUACCAAGAAUUAUCUGGACCUAAUAUUGUUUUCUCAAAAUAAGUUACAAGACACAUUAAGCUUCAUCCGUGUUACUGCUUGCAAACAUCUUCUGCAGUCAGAUUCCCACGAUUCAAUUCAGAGCACAAAUUCACAAGAAUCUGGGAAGUUUCGUUGUCUCUUCCCUGAGGAAAAACUGCCCUUGUGCCCACAAAAAUCACUAACUUCUCAUCUCCCACACUACACCAAGCAACUCAAGCUGAACAAAAGCAGCAUUAUUUAUUUAUUUUUUUUAAAAUUAAAACUGCAACCUCAUCAUGUUUUAGAAAAAGCUGUGUCCCAAGCCACUACUACUUGCUGACAUAGGUUCUAACAAUAGUGAAAAUGUAUAAAUAGUGAAUGGAUACAUUUCAGUUUUUCAACACACGGAAAUUCCACUGUGAAGUGCUCAAAUCUGACAUAGCUGGGCCUAUGUGUAACCAGCCCCGCAAAUACUUCUGCUUUGCCAGCAGCUUCUCUUCAAAGUCUUGAAUGCACUGGAAGGCACAAACAAUUCUAAACAAUCACACUGAAAUAUUAACAAAAUACUUGACACUACUCAUUAUGCUGUGAAGGGAACUCAUAGUUCAGAACAUAAUAGGUACAACUAAGCUUAAGAGCCUGUCAAUAAACUUGCCCUGUCUGCCUCCAUAUAUUUCUAUAAUUCUUGUACUCCUGUUUUCACCACAAUUCAAUCAUACUAACAGCUUCUUGUUACUGCAAGAAAUGUUUCAGAUUUAUGUCAGUCAUCAGUUAAGAAAAUAGUUGUUAAACCACUAAGUUACUCCUGUUAAUCAUACCAAUAUUAGCUUGUGGGCUCUUCAGAGAAGACAUUAGACUCACAUAAACCCCACAGGGUUCUUUAUCCCUAACCACUGCAAAUCUUGAUUGUUUUAAAAUAAACUAUGUAGCACUUACAAGUAUUUUUGUGUAACUGUACACAUAAGCCCCAAGUCAAGUAAGUGAAAACGGAUAUUUUGCACAUACUUAAAUUAGAGAUGUCUGAACAAACAUUAGUUCACUUUUGUUUGUUUCAAGAAAGCCUGAUGCCAAACAUCUCAGGCAGCUGAAGAGCUAGGUUUGCAAGCUUCACUUGAAAUAACAGCACUCUACACUCUCUGUAACAAUGAGCCUGAAUACUCAUAGCAAAGUGAAGUAAAGCAUAGACUGACUUAAACAGACAAAUAUUCCAGUCUCUGGAUUAAGUUUACAGAGAGAUUUUUUGCAGUUCUGCUCAUUAACUGUGAUACUUUCUUCUAAGGAAUAACACAAAACGUGUUAACACAAACGUGUGUUAAUGCAUCAGUUAACACGGUUGUAUAAUCAAUGAAUAUUAAGGUUAUAAUUACAAAAUAAACGAGAGUUAGGCAAAGCAGAUUAUAAUAACAAAAAGAAAACAGAUUGAAAGCAUACCCAUAUCCUGGGCUCGCUUACAAAACUCCAGCAGAGUGGAUCUCCAGACGAGAUCCUUCCCCACUGGUAGCCAGCUCUUAAAUGGAUCUAGGAGGGGUGGAGCCUGGCUUCACCUCUUCCAGCAGCACAGCUGAAUUGCCUUCACCUGUGCUCCUGUGGCUGACUCAUGGCUCGCCUCAGGUGAUCAAUCAGAGGUUCAGGCCGUGACUCAGCAGUUCCCAUACAACAGCAAAUGUGUAACCAUCAUACUGUUGAACUAGACACAGCUGCAUGGCACUGAAAACAAGAUACACUGAAAAUUAGAUACAGUGCUGUAAAGAAGUUUUUGCAUACAAUUUGUAUUUUCAAAACCUGACAUAAGUGAUCUGCACUGAUAAAUGCAGGUUGACGGACUUCCUAUUCCAAACUGACAUGCUUCCAAGCACAAUGAAGCUCUAAUUUCUCAGAACAUCCAUGUAUUAACCCUUACUCAAACCAAUUACAUGUCAUUAGCAUAUGAACUAGUGCUGAAGUCAGACUUAAAAUUUUCAAAGAAUCUCGCACGUAAGCUCAAUGGGAGACAUUGUAAGAAUUUUCAUACAUUUACAAAAUGUUCUCAUGCCCUAUGAAACAGAAAUUAAUAGAUGGAUUGCUUCUGCAAUUUUGACAUUUGUAGAAACAGAAGAUCACAAGUGGUCUGGGUUGUUUUUUUUGUUGUUGGUUUUGUUUUUUCUUUUUCUUUUUCUUUCUUUUCUUUCUCUCUCUUUUUUUUUUUUUUGCUGCCAUCUUUCUCUUAUUUAGCAUUUAACACUAUGUAAUGUAAUUAAAAACUUGUCACAAAAGAAAACUUCUGCUAUAUAUCAUCCUUAACACAACCAUGUUAUUAUGUUUCCUACUGUCUUGGUCUAAUGACAGAUGCAGCAGCUUGUGAAUGUCUGAAUGGAUGAACAUAGGAUAAAAAUAUGAUUUAGUCACAAUAAACUUGAUUCUCUAUAUAAAGUACGUCAAUAAG